AUGAGCUAUGAAGCGAUCGCAUGUGUGGAUGGUCAUGGGCAACGAAUGCAGCUCGGAGAAAUGCGUAAACUUAGCAAUGGUACUGUGAUCCUACACUGUAACAUCUAUGGAGGAGCGCUGAAAAAGGUUGUGGAAAGAGCCGCUGGAUGCUAUUUCAACGAAACUAUCUAUGGAGAAGAUGAGAUUUGGAUUGAACCGUUGAGAAAUGAAAAAGCGGACAAAACAUUCAGGAAAAGAGUGAAAUUCACUAAAGUAAAAUGGAACGAGAAUGCUACGCAGCUGUCUGGUCGACUGAUGGAAUGUUUCCGACCCCACUUCAGCUACUACGAAAGUAAUGUGAUUGGAUGCGCAAUUGGUAACGUUGGACUUCGCUUCGACGACAUCAUAGAAUUGAAUGCUGGGAAGUAUUUCAAAUGCACGCAAGAUGACGACGGGAAUCUAGAGCUGUUAUCUGUAGAACGUGACGAAAUGUCAUGUAAAAUGGACAAUCAGACGUACGCUCAUCUCUCAAAUUGGACUGAUGAUAGCAGAGCGGCGAAGAUGUCAUGUAUGUAUGGACAUUUGAAGAAGAUGGGCUGUUUCAUAGCGGAUCGAUUCCUGCCAAUUGGUCAAGAGGUUAGAAUGUCAAAUGAUUGCAUAUUUUUGUGUCAUCCACAAACAAAUGUCUACAUUUGCGAUCGAAAGCUCGGGAAUUGGACCAUCGAAGAGGAUGGUGACGAGCAAAAACCAAUAAUAAACAACUUUUUUGUUUAG